AUGACAGUAACCUUUGACGACAGUCGCGUUUGGCUGAUGUGGUUGAACUUGUUCAGCACAGAGGCACAUGACAACUUUGUGUUCCGCGUGGGUCUGACCUUGAUGGAUCUGGACCACAAUCCAUUCGAGGAGUACUCUAUUCCUCCGUAUCUCCGCGAGAGUUUCAAGAGGGUUGAGCAGGUCAAUGGCCCCGAUGUGGUCGCCAACACAUCAUCCCUUGAGAAGAAGGCUAAUGCUGAGAGAGCAUACAAGAUUGGAGAUCUGCCGUCGCUUGGUAAUAGAAACAUCAAUCAUAUUCUAAUGGAAAACAAACUCCAAUACCUUCCGACAAACAUCAGUGAACACAAGCACAGGAUAAGCAUCUUAAGGAGCGACCAUGUAAAGAUCUUGCUGUUCGACGGUUCGAGCCAGGAAUUCAGCGCUCUGUAUAGUCUUGGAACAAAUAACACACUCUUCAAGCAUAGUCUGCAGCUUGGAAGGAUUAGCGAUAACGAAGGAGCAAAACCGCAGGAAGCGAAGGAAUCACGGGCUGAUCGGAUCCUUCUGUUAUAA